AUGGCCUCUCUUUCACUCACUCGAGCGCAUUCUAUGGAGCCUGACAUUCGGCUGGAAGAUUACCUGGACGACAAGCUUCAAUCGACGGCGGAUCUGGACAACCUCGAAACGCUCCUGGCAAGCGUUGAGGUGCAGCGCAGCCAGCUCCAGGCACAGCUUGACGAUGCGACCCAGGAGCUAGAAGAGGUGCGCCGGUCGGCCGAGGACCGCCAGGGCGGCAUUGCCAGACAGAUCGACGAGUUCCAGAAGCUGCAGGAGAGCAUCGACGUGCGCCUGCAGAUCAUUGCAGCCUCCGACGCCCCGGACGAAGCGAUUCGACGCCUCGAGGGCCCCAUGAAGCAACUACAUCGCGUCGAGCUGGCCUACAACUACGUGUCGAUGCUGCAAGAUGUGGAGAGCAUGAGGUCGGAGGCGAGAUCGCACCUCCCCGCCAGUCCCAAGGCUGCCCUGCAGCCCUAUACCAGGUUGAAGCAGCUGUCGGCCCGGCUCAGAGAGCUGCAGGGCCCUGCCGACGAGGCCGCCAGCCAUCUGGUGAACUACGUGGAGCAUAUAACGGAGAGCCUGUGGGACGAGAUGAAGAAGACCAUGUCGGAGGAGAUGGAGGCGGUACUCAAGAAGCGGAACUGGCCACAGGACGUUGACCCCAAUGCUGAGAUGGACGCCGAGUGGCUCGAGUGCUUUGAGAAGUCAAUCGACCUCCAAAUCCCCGAGAUCCUCUAUUCAGACGCACUCGUCAGUCUGCUGCCAAUCGAUGUCAUGGUCAAGCCGUUCGUUCAGUGGUUCAAGUUCCAAUUCAUGGGUGACACCCCGACCAGCACGCCCCAAGCGUUCGGUACUUUUUGCGUGCCUGGCUUCGUCCAGCUCGCCGAGAAGUGGGAGGAUUUCUUCCGCGAGAACCUGGGCCAUCUCCUCAGGACACGGUUCGAGGGUACAAAAGCCCAAGACAUAUCUGUCUACGUGGAUCCCGCCUGCGCUCUCAUUACCUCCCUCUUGCCAGUCAUGAGACAGAAGGUGGACAGCCUGGUCCAAUAUGGCCUCGGCAACCCUCAAUAUCUCAGCAGCCUCAUGGACCAGAUCAUGACGUUCGACGAUACCAUACGGACCACCUUCGACUACCACGGGGUGGAUUCCGAGAAUGGCUGGCCCGGUCUGGCUUCAGAAGUCUUGGACAAGCAUUUCAGAGAGUGGCUUCAGGCAGAGAAGGAUUUUGCACUGGAGCGCUUUCAUACAAUUCUCAACUCGCCUGAUGCACGUAACAUUGACUACGACUACAGCGGUGCUGGCAAAAUGAAGCCGACUUACGGGGCGGUCAGGGUCACCGAUCUACUGAAGUCGGUUACGACACAGUACCAGCGUGUUCGGCGACUCCCUCACCAAGUGCGCUUUCUCAUCGAUAUACAACAAGAGAUCCUCGAUCAGUACCAUUCUCGUUUGCUCGACUCCUUGCAAGCUUACUCUACCUUGACUUCGACCAGUGCGAGACUGUUGCAGGGCGUUUCGAACGAGCAACUGGCCGCAUUGGAGGGAACCGGAGCCUUCGAAACACUUUGCAAAGUACUAGGCAGUGCCGACCACAUCGUCAACACGUUGAAGGCCUGGGGCAAUGAAGAUUUCUUCAUGAUAUUAUGGGAAAGUUUAAAGACGCGGGUGAAGCAGGUCGAUGAUCAGACCAACGUGGUCGGUGGAAUGAGCUACGAUCACGUCAAGGAUAGCACUUCCUCUGAGAUUGAUUCUGAUGGCAGUGGCUCAAUCUUCGACGAAACCAUCAACGUCUAUAGCAAGCGCAAGGAGAGCGCCCAAUCACUUUUGGUCAAUGCUCUUGCCGACUCCCACUAUACCGCCAUUCGUCCGUAUCUUUCCAAGUCCCAAUGGUCCAUCGUGACGGGUGACUCGACAGAUCCCUCCCAACUUAGCAUUACGGCAGAACUCGACGAAUUCUUGCGAAUCCUGAAGCGCAACCUCACUUUCCUGGCCCCGGCUCUGAGUACCACCGUCUAUCGCAAGGUCUGGCGUGACGCGCUGGACCGUCUGCAGGAAGAACUGUGGUCCAACAUCCUCAUCCGCCAAAGUUUCACAACCCUCGGGGCGAACCAGUUUGUCCGCGAUUUGCAGGCCAUCUUUGGUCUCAUCGACCGGCACAUCCCAGACGGUUCGAUCGCUAUGACACAGCUGCAGGAGGGCGCGCAGCUGCUCAGCCUCCCACUGGAGACCGGAGAGGGCGGCAUCACGCUACAGCAGGCCAGCGAUCGCAUAUUCACAGACAAUAACGAAGCGAGGAAAGUGUUGGAAGAGCUGGGGAUAGAAACGCUCGAGCCCGCCAAUGCAAGACGCAUCCUGCAAUGUAGAGUAGAAAAUAGCGUAUAG